UUUACAUAUUGCAGAACCGACCUUGAAAUUUAGGAUUCUCUUCUGGGUUGGUUUUGUUGUUGUUGUUGUUGCUGAACUCACUGUUACUGCUCGUUAAGGGGGACUCGGUUGUAUACAGAAGAGGGUGUCAUGUGUGAUGUUGGAAUUAUCAGAGUCUAAUGGUGAUACCUGAAAGCUAUCUGUUCACAGUCAGUGUUUGGAAAGAAAAAUCCUGUCCCUGUGUUCAUUAGAGUCUACUGUUUCUGUGGUAACUUCUAAACAUGAUAUUAGAAUUUUACUCUUUGGGCCAAUAGGAUCUUCCGUGAAAUACAACAUAUAUUGUGUGGUUAUUUGUUCUUGUGACAGUACUAUUGAGAUUUCAUGUUUUGCUAUUAUGGGAUGUGUCCAGCAAGGGCUCCAGUGGUUGUGUGUAUUGAGGAUAUUUUUCAGGGCAUCUUGUUUCUGCUUUUAAUUCCAAGUUUGGCAUAUGCAAUUUCUUCCAAAGUUAAGGUUCUGCUAAGAGUAUGACUAGUUUAUAGGUCGCAUAUAAUGAAACAAAACUGUAGUUUCUAUAAUUAGUAAUUACUUGGGUAUCUUCUACCUCUAUGCAGUAGGAUGGGUUAAAUGUGAACUACAGUUGUUGUGUUCAAAAUUACACGACUACUGAAAGGAUAGGAAGAAAUAAGAAUACUAAGUCUACUUUCUUGAUUUAUAUUGGAAAAACUCAUGUUGUGAUUUACAAGCUAUAAUCAUACCAUGUCCGUUGGUGCAGGGAUACAAGGAUAUAUCUGUGGCAUUAACAUGGAUGUUAGGCUAUGUUUUUUUAUUUAUGUAUUAUUUAGCAAUGAUUUCUUCUUUUUUUUCUCUUUCUUAAAAGGAAAUCAGAAGCUGUUCAAUGGCAAAAGAUACUUCCGGUUCUGAUUCCCAUAAUAAACGUCUUGGUCUUUUAAAAGAUCAAGUUCAUUUGGUUAAAAGGAAAGACUCCGAUCGCUAUGAGAUUGCUCCAAUCCAAGAUCAACUAUCAUUUGAGAAGGGUUUUUUUAUAGUAAUUCGUGCAUGCCAAGUGUUAGCCCAAAAGAAUGAUGGAAUAAUAUUGGUAGGGGUGGCAGGUCCUUCAGGGGCAGGGAAGACUGUAUUUACGGAAAAAAUACUCAGUUUCAUGCCCAGCAUUGCAGUCAUUUCAAUGGAUAAUUACAAUGAUGCUAGCCGAAUUGUUGAUGGAAACUUUGAUGAUCCACGGUUAACAGACUACGAGACAUUGCUCCAGAAUCUACAUGAUUUAAAGGAAGGAAAGCCAGUCCAAGUUCCUAUAUAUGAUUUCAAGUCCAGUUCACGGACAGGUUACAGGACCGUAGAAGCCCCAAGUUCCCGUAUUGUGAUUAUAGAGGGCAUCUAUGCUUUGAGUGAGAAGUUGCGACCUCUACUGGACCUUCGAGUCUCUGUUACAGGUGGAGUUCACCUUGACCUCGUAAAGCGAGUUAUACGAGACAUACAACGUGCUGGUCAAGAACCUGAAGAAAUUAUUCAUCAAAUAUCUGAGACGGUAUAUCCAAUGUACAAGGCCUUUAUUGAGCCGGAUCUCCAGACAGCACAUAUAAAAAUAAUCAAUAAAUUCAAUCCAUUUACUGGAUUCCAGAGUCCUACUUACAUAUUAAAGUCAGCAAGGGAUGUUACAGUGGAUCAAAUUAAAGCUGUUCUCUCUGAAGAUCUUAAGGAAACAACAGAGCAAACCUAUGACAUAUAUCUUCUACCACCUGGUGAAGAUCCAGAAACUUGCCAAUCAUAUUUACGGAUGCGGAAUAAGGAUGGAAAAUACAGUCUCAUGUUUGAGGAAUGGGUGACAGAUAAUCCUUUUGUCAUAUCGCCAAGAAUUACUUUUGAGGUCAGUGUGCGCCUCCUUGGUGGACUAAUGGCCUUGGGAUACACAAUAGCUACUAUCCUUAAGAGAAACAGCCAUAUCUUUUUUGAUGAGAGGGUUUGUCUGAAACUAGAUUGGCUUGAGCAACUUAAUCGACAUUAUGUUCAGGUACAAGGAAGAGACCGCUUAGUUGUAAAAGACAUAGGACAGCAGCUGGGUCUAGAAGGUUCCUACAUUCCUCGCACCUACAUUGAGCAAAUUCAACUUGAAAAGCUUGUGAAUGAGGUUAUGGCCCUACCAGAUGAUUUGAAGACAAAGCUCAGCCUAGAUGAGGAUUUGGUGUCUAGCCCCAAAGAAGCACUUUCUAGAGCCUCUGCCAACAGGGUUGCCGCGAGAAAUAAACAUCUGAGGAGUGGAAUGUCACAGUCAUAUACAAAUCAAAGGGACAAAAGUCUAGCCAAAGCUACUGGAUAUGUUGCCACCAAUCAAGGGUUUGUUGAAAGAAAUCCAGAUUCUUCUGCAACAAUAGUAAAUCAUGGAGCCAUCAGUCAGCUUUCAGAUCAAAUUUCUGCCCUUAAUGAUAGAAUGGAUGAGUUUACAAAUCGUAUCGAAGAGCUGAACUCCAAGUUAACCAUCAAUAGUACUUCUCCAAGCCAAAAAAAUUUGUCAUUUCAAGCUGAGGCCUGCAACGGUUCUGCACCCACGUCUUACUUCAUCACUAAUUUGGGCAAUGGUUCCCUAACUGGAUCUAAAAUGCCAAAUUCUUCAUCUUCAUCACAAUUAGCUAAAGAUUCUCCUUUAAUGGAAGAGAUAUCAGGUAUUGUACGUGGUCAGCGUCAGAUCGUGCAUCAAUUGGACAAUCUCAAUAAUCUUCUCAGGGGGGCCUCUGGGGGGAUGUCUCACCAAACAAGAACCAACAGAAAAAGCAUAGCAACGGAUUCAGGUUACACUGGAGCUCGUGUUAUGGUGGUGGUAGCAGUUGGUUGUUUGGGGAUAUUCUUGAUGAAGGGUUUGUUGACACGAAAGUGAUUCAUCUACACGUUUAGUCAGUGCUGUACAUUCAUGAUAGUUUUUCUUCAAUGUGACAACCCUUCUGGUAAGAAAGGUGUUGAGGCAUUGACAGUGGAAGAGAGAUUCUGCAGGCACUUUUUUUAGUGCCAUUUGAGGGUCGGUGAGAGGAUCACGCCCACUUGAAAUUUUGUAACUUCAUGGGCUUAACUUUUUUUUAUCUAAAUUUUAUGGCAUUUUCAACCUUAUUUUUCAUGCAUUUUCAACCUUAUAUCCACAACAACAUCAAAGUUGAACUCUUCGGAUUUUCAGCUCUAAUCCUUUAAAAUAUCAAGCUUUUGAGCUUCUCAGCUUUGGAGCUUCUCAGCUU